AUAUUCGCAAAAUGAUGACACGGCUUCUAUCGAUUAGUUAUAACUACGAAUUACAAAUGAACGCAGUUUGUUACGUUAAAUACUUGAAACAUUGCCAAUAUGCGCAGUAUUUAAGCAUUUUAAGCCAUUUACGACGAAUUUCUACACGUGUAUCUAUAAUCGUGCCUUAGUAUACUGCUAGAGCGAAGUGAAGGAGUCUAACUUUACAUAUGUGAUAUCUCAAGUUGCAUGAUAGAAUUAUGCAAAGUUUUAUAUGCUCGAAACGACAUUAUGUCGUUUCGAAGAAACUUGUCGGGUCCUUAUUUAAGUACAAUUUAAAGAAAUAUGAGAUAUUUAAUGCCAUGUCCACGAACGUUAACUUUAAUAAUCAGAUGAAUAGGUUAUGUUUACCAUUAUCACAUCGGUUGUAUGAAAGAGGACACAAGGAAUUAGCUGGAAUACGAUCGUUGCUUUUAAAAAAUAGGUUACCUAGAGUUUAUUAUUUUCCAAAUAUGCAUAGCACAAGAGGUCUUAGCACAACUUCUGCUAGCCAUCAACAACAAUCUUCCACUGAAUCUAAUAAAGAUCCAAGCAAAGAUCCCAAAAGACCCAAUGAAUAUGACAUAGCUGUCCUAAAAAUACUUUUAGUUCUAAUUUUCACAGGUUUCAUCUAUUAUAUGACAUUGUCUUCAAUCAAUGGAGUAGUAGUUGAUAAAAUAAGUUGGAAUGAUUUUAUAAAUGAAGUACUUUUGAAAGGUCAAGUUCAAGAAAUUAAGCUCUAUCCAGGUCAUGUACAAGUUGUUUUAAAACGUGGUGCUACUUACAAGGGAAAGAUGCUAGUCAGUAAACUUGAUCUUUAUGAUUUUCCCGAGACCAAAGAUGUGGAAGAGAAAAUUAGAGCAGUUGAAAGGCAUAUUGGGAUCAAAAUGGAGGAUGGAAUUCCAAUUAGGUAUAUCAAUAUGGACGAUGAGAUGGCUAUAUCAGAACUGAUUUCGACAAUAAUAAUACUCGGAGCGCUUUUUAUGCUUUUCCGUCAUCCAGUCGUAAAAAACAAAUUUAACAUUCUUACGGAUUUGAGGAAAGCGAAAUACACAUUAAUAGAUCCCUUCGCUGGCAAAGGUGUCCGUUUUAAGGACGUGGCUGGAUUGAAGGAAGCCAAAGUUGAAGUAAUGGAAUUCGUUGAUUAUCUUAAGAAACCCGAACGAUAUAAGAAACUCGGGGCUAAGGUACCAAAAGGCGCUUUGCUUUUGGGACCACCAGGAUGUGGUAAAACACUUUUAGCCAAAGCUGUUGCAACUGAGUCGAAUGUUCCAUUUUUAUCAAUGAAUGGAUCUGAAUUCAUUGAAAUUGUAGGUGGUUUAGGCGCUGCGCGCGUAAGAAAUUUAUUUGCAGAAGCUAAAAAAAGAGCUCCUAGUAUUAUUUAUAUAGAUGAAAUUGAUGCUAUUGGUAAGAAACGAUCUGAAUCGUACGCUCAGUUCAGCACCAGCGAAUCCGAACGAACGUUGAAUCAACUUUUGGUAGAAAUGGAUGGCAUGACGACAGCUGAGGAUAUUAUUAUUUUAGCCUCAACGAAUAGAGCGGAUGUUUUAGAUAAAGCCCUAUUGAGACGUGGUAGAUUUGAUAGGCAUAUUUUGAUCGAUCUUCCUACUUUAGAAGAAAGAAUACAAAUUUUUGAAUAUCACCUUCAGUCAUUGUCGUUGGAAGGAAAACCAUUACAAUACGCUAAAUAUUUAGCACAUCUUACUCCUGGCUUUAGUGGAGCGGAAAUAGCGAACGUCUGUAAUGAAGCUGCGUUACAUGCAGCCGGAGAGAAAAAGACGAAAGUUCACAAUACCGAUCUCAUGUACGCGAUCGAUAAAGUAUUAGGUGGUACGGUGAAGAAAUCUAGUACAUUGACACCUUCCGAAAAAAAAGUUGUCGUUUACCACGAGGCCGGCCACGCAAUAGCUGCUUGGAUGUUAGAGCACGUGAAUCCCUUAAUUAAAGUAACAGUAGUACCAAGAACAAAUAAACGUUUAGGCUUUUCUCAAUACUCCGACUCAAAUUUGAAGCUUCAAAGCACGGAACACCUUUUUGAACGCAUGUGCGUGCUAUUAGGUGGCCGAGUCGCAGAAAGUAUAAUGUUUAACAAAAUAUCUACGAGAGCGCAGAGCGAUUUAAAGAAGGUAACGGAGAUAGCAUAUCAUCAAGUACAACAAUUUGGAAUGAGCCCCUCUGUAGGCUUACUUUCUUUUAACAGGGAAUUAACAUCGACGAAAACCAAGAAACCGUAUAGCAAAAAGUUGGGAAGUUUAAUGGAUGCAGAAGUACGAAAAAUAAUUACUCAAGCUUAUAAAACGACAGAUAAGUUACUAAAUGACAACAAAGAUAAAUUAGUGACAUUGGCUGAAGCAUUACUAACAAAAGAGACUUUGACGUAUAAGGAUAUAGAAGCACUAAUUGGACCACCACCGUUUGGAAAAAAGGACAUUACGGACUUAGAAGAUUAUAUUCCUGGAGUAGAAUGAACAAAACCAAGGAAAAACUAUACUUGGAUAGAUAUGUACUAUACUAAUCAAUAAUACAAGAAAUGAUUUUAACACA